AUGGCUAAUUCCCUCUUAUGUUUGGUUGUGUUGGUCCUUUUGGCUCUGAUCCUCAGCCCUCAAGGCCUUGCUGAAUCUGAGUCUGACACCUACUACAAACCACCCUAUAAGUAUAAGCCACCCGUCUACAAGCCAAAACCACCAAUUUACAAGCCAAAGCCACCAGUCUACAAGCCAAAGCCACCAGUUUACAAGCCAAAACCCAAACCAAAGCCAUACUACAAGCCCCCUUAUGGUAAGCACCCACCCGUUGAAGAAAAUGGCCACUUCUAA